CGGACGGAAUCGGGCCUCUCAGAACUUGACUCCAUCCGGAGCUGGGAGCCACCUUGGGGAAGCGCCCGGCUCUGCACAUGGGCCUGUGCGGGGAUCUUCCCAGCAGCAGUCCGCUCUCCAGACGCUGCCCCGCCCGCUAGGCUGGGGAGGCCACUGGGCGGCGACUGGCCGCUCCGGCGGCGCGGAGCGCACGGAGCCCCGGCAGAGGGAAGCGCAGGACGCGCCUGGGGUCCCCGCCUUGACUACAUCAUGGCUACAGGGCCAACAGAUGUCAUACAGCCACCAGAGGCCGGGGAGACAACUGAGGAAUGUGCAGGAAAGAAAAAAUCCAAAUUUCAGACUUUCAAGAACUUUUUUGCUAAGAAGAAAAGGAAAGAAUCUCCAGCUCCCAGGGGGGAGAGUAAUUUAAAACCAAGCCAGUCCAGCAGCGAUGUCAGCAUCCCUGCGCUCGAUACUAUUGCUCUUCAUUCACCAACUGAGCCGGGAUCCAAAGGAAGCAUGGGAAACAAAGCCUUGUCACAUGACAGUGUCUUUAUUUUUGAAUCUGCGCCAGAAAACACAGCUGGUGACAUGUCCUCUCAGGAAAACAUACCUGGGAAAGUGAAAACAUUACAGCUCCAGUUACAACAGAACAUCAGACUUGGGUCUUCUCCUCUUGUUAUAACUGGCAGGAAAUUGGAAGAUACAGGUGCUGUUUCAGAAGAUGAUGGAUUACCUAAAAGCCCUCCAGAAAUCUCCACUCUUCAUGAAGUUCUAACAUGUUCACCAAGCAAGUCCUCCAACCCUGUUCAGCGCCAUAGCUCUUUGAGUUUAGGUGGGACAGACAGUGAAGAUGAACAGGUACCCUCUGAUGCUUCCUCUAGACCUGUCAGCCCUUUGUCCUCUAUGGUGCUUGUGAGUCCAGCCACACAAGCCAGCAGCUUGCUUCCCGUUGACUUCAACACCCCUGCCAGUCCCGUGGGCUGCCUGGAUACCUCCGCAGCUAGGCACAGGAUAGCAAUAAACCCACGGAAACAGAGAGUUUUUACCAGUAAGAACCAGCAAACCCCUCUGGAACAACUGGAAAAGGAACAGAGUCUUCCUGUAACUGCAGAAAAGAAAAGUACAACAAAAUUCCUUGAUGCUGACCAGUAUGAAAAUUGGGCAGGUUCAUUGGUCUGGAAUGAUGGAAAAGGAAGUGGUGCUAAGGAGACACAGGCCAUAACAAAGACUGACAAUUCCACAAGUAACCCUCAGAAUUCUAUAUCCCCUGCAGACAUAGUUUGUACUUUGCUAGAAGAGGAUGUAUGCCCUAUAGAAACAGACCAUCAAUCUAAAGGAACAGCGUCCUUUCCAAAUGUGCAGUCUUCUCUAGCAAAAUCUGAGGAGGAGAACAAGGCAGAGGAAGUACUGGUACCUUACUGCUCUGAUGAAUCUAUUGGUGAAUUCAAACUACUUCUGCAAAAUACUGAUGAAGUAAUUGAACGGUUUGAAUCUCUACAGACUGAGCCAGAAGCAAUUGUAUUUCAGGACACAUUAGCAUCUGACUUGUAUGGCAUUUCCAUGGAAAAGGAGGAUGCCACAAAGGUAUCCUUAAAACAACCUGUAGACCAAAGCGACAAAGAGCCUGGAGAUGGUGGUGUGGCACUUGUAGGAAAAGUGGAAGAUCAGCCUUGUACCGAUGAGAACAACUUCCUCUGGCCUGAUUCAGAUCCUGCAGUGUGCGUUUCCCAGGUUCCUUUAGCCACUUUGGAGACGUCCUCUGAAGUAGAGUGCAUGGCUGUCUCAGUGCCUGAAAAUACCCCAGCAGCAGAAGAUGAUAAAGAAAUGUGCAAAGUUACGGAACUUCAGCCAGCCAAAGACCAUGUAGAUUCAACAGCAUCCCUACAAAAAGACUCAGUUGUGUCUGUGUCAGAUAUAGAUCGCAUGUUGCCUCAGAGUAAAGUGAACAAGGAGCUACAUUUAAAAUCAGAAAUGCAUUGUCCUGUUUCAAAGGCUCGCCAAAGCAAUCAGGAGACAGAUGCAUCCAACAACUUGGAAAAACAUUCCAUCGGAUGCCUUGCCUCCUCCAGUUUGGCUGGCUUCAAGAGUUGUAUCCCUCUUAGUGGUGACAGUCAGCAGAACCAGUUAGGCGGCGUAACUUCUCAAGAGAAAACAAGGAAAGAAAGCAAAUCUCCAGAGGAAAAUAUAAAGACUCCAUUGAAAUCUGCUGCUACAAAACCAGUUCGAUUUACUAUUGCUCCUGCCUGGCAAAGAUCUCUUUCGGGGGGUUCAAAUUCCAAGGAAGAUUCCUGUGCUAGAAGCUCCCCAUCCUCUCCCAUAAGACCAGAGAUGUUUGAAGGAACAGCUCACUUAGAUACCACCAGGCAAGAGUCUACAAAAAACAACCCUGAGAGGGAUAAUGAGAGCAACAAGGCCAGUUUGAAUUCUUCCAUGGAGGGGGCUGAGAAUGAAACACAGAAUGCUGAAAACCCAUUUGGGAUCAGACUGAGAAGAACAUCCUCUUUGCUAAAGUACCACAGUGAAUCUCCAAAGCAGAUUCCAUUAGCUGUUCACACCACCUCUUCUGGUUCUGUCAAGGAGGAUCAAAAACCAGUAGGCACUGGGAGGCCACCUCACAGCCUUCCAGGCAACCAGAAAGCUUUAACUAAAAAAUCAGCUGUCGUGGAAGAGAAAAAUGCCCCCAAAACAAAACCUGAAGAAGUCUCAAAGAAGCAACACUCUAACAAACUUUCAGAAAAAGUCCCUAGUCCGCAUUUGGAAACUGUUACCUCUGAACCAGCUUGGGUCUCCAUGGCAAAACUAAAGCAGAAAGGUUUCCAGGGUCAUCCUCUUGCCAAAGGACAUCAGAGGGAGGACAAAACUUUGACCAAAAUGGAUCAAGAGGAGCGAGUGACCUGUGCGAGUGAGAAUUUAUUGGGGAAGAACCUAACUCCCAGCCUGUGCGCUCAGGAGAAGAAAUCACAAAUGAAGACCACUAUGUCUGCUACAGCAGCAGUUACACUUGGACCUAUGGCUCAGGAAGCGUCUGUGGUUCCCACCACUGAAAAGGAAACAAGACAAUCCUGUAAUCUGCCAAUGACACCGUGCAGCUCUGCUGAACCACCGUGGCUGUCCCUGGCCAAGAAAAAAGCCAAAGCUUGGAGUGAAAUGCCUCAGAUUGUUCAAUAGCAAAUGACAAGAGUGUCCUCCUCUGUACUGCCAAUAACUGUAUUAACUCCAUAUAGUAACUUCUUCGCUGGGACCAUUUUUGGGGGGAUGAGAUAAAAGCCGUAGAACCUUCAGCACAGACUGUAGCUGUGAAUAUGUGAAGAAGAAAUGCCAUUGACGGGUUAACCUGCAGUAACCACCAGCAUUAGGAAACUGAGCAUUUUCCACGAUAAAAUACCAUGAAAUUCCAAUUGACCAAUUCAUACUGACCAUGUUUGACUAAAAGACAGUGAUGCUCUAAGAGGAGGCACUUCAUGCCUUUGAAGCAUUUCUUUUCUAAAAGGGGAGAUUAAAGUACCCUGCACACAAUACAGUAUUCUGCAUGAUUUCACUUUGAGCAUUGAAUUUGUUUGGUGUCACAAAAUGGUUUUAGAGCUCUGCACUGGAGCAUCCAGACUGGCUGUCACUGAUGUAGUACCAUUUAUGUCUCUAGAGCUUGGUCUAGGGCAGGUCUGACUGUGGUUCUGAUUGUUAACGUAUCUGUUUCAUAAAUGAAACAAGACACAAGCAGCAAUGCAGAUUUAGGGGAUUCUCAUUUCUUAGGUGGUUAGAGUCACUCAGCCUUGGGCCUCAUGCCUUAUAUUAUACCAUCUACUGGAAAGGCCCAGAACUGCACUGCCUUUGUGUUCUACUGCUAAUGUAUUUUAAAAAAAUCAAUACCUUCUAAGGACUAGAUUCUGCUCAGUUACCUCUGUAAAUCUGGAAUAACUCCACUGACCUUAAGGUAGUUUGGAGAUGCUGAAUUUGGUCCUUAUACCUAAGCUAAAAUUUUUAUAUUUAAUUUCUAGCAUCGAGCAAUUUCUCUUUGUAAGCCUCUUUAGUGAAAUAUCCCUGCUAAUGGCAGAGGUGGGAAAGGUUUGACCCACUCUUAUUUUCUGUGUAGAAGGAGACCUGUUCGCCACAAACAGUAUCCCACUGUUCAUAUUCACCGCAAUAUGAUUUUUAGACUAUUUCCUUUGCAGUUUAGAAAAAAAUAAAUACACGUAACAUCCACCCUUCGCCAUCAGUACAUAACUGAAAGCUGAAGCUGAACAUCUAUCUAAAGACACAUCGCUGGCAAACAGCUGCUCUUUUAGGGUUCAAUUCUGCUGUCACUGAAGUCUUGCCACUGACUUUUAUGGGAGCAGAAUCAGAUCCUUUAAAAAUAAACUUUGUAAAAUGACUUAGUGACAUCAGUGUCAGGACAACCAAACUGCAGCUGCCUGUACAUUGCACAUUUGCAAAACAUUUUCUGUUUACAGCCAAUGAAAACAUUGAAGACUGACUUGUCCGACAGAUUGUCUUUUGCAAACAAGCUGGGUAGCAUCUUUAAGAAAAAUGGUGCGGGGCAAGAGGUCCAAAUGUGAAACAACACGUUUGACCUGGAGUAACUCAUUAUCUAGACUCCCACCUGUUGGUUCUGACCUGAAUUUAAAUAUACUACUACUUCUGAAAUCUGUAUCCAUUGCUAAUGAAGGCUGUGCAACUUUUAUUCAUGUGGCUGAACAGCUUACUCGCACUAAUAGUCCCACUUAAGUUAAUGGGUCUGCUCUUAUGAGUCAAUGCUAAUCAGAAAGAGAAAAGGUUCCACAGUCGGUUCACUAAUACAGGCUGGUUUUACUACUUUUUAGUAUCUGUUCUAAGAAGUGUAUCUUCUCCUGCAAUGUACUGAAGCACUUGUAUUUCUCUAAAGUUUGAGAGUAUUAUGUAAAAGAACAAAAUAAACAUUGUCUAUUAUGGUUUUCUACAGCUGACAUCACAUACAUGGGUUUACUGACCCUCUGUUUAAAAUAUGCACUUUCCUAUAUACUGCUAUUUCUCUCCUGUUCUUUGCCAGUCUGGAUUGCAACCCCACACCUAAACUACUGCAAACGAAAACAGCAUUUAUCUAUUACCUUGUUGCUUUUGUUCUUGAUAUUGUGUCUCUCAUUUUCUGUAUGGUAUGUAUAUACGUUUUUGUAAUCCUCACCUUUGGAGGACCCCCUUUUGUAUUCUAUUCCCAUAUUUGGUUUACUAUUAAACGCUAUGGUCAUGAUGGAAUUUU